AAUAUAGAUUUGGGUUCAUCUUUUCUGGAAUCUUAGAUUCGUCAUCUUUCCUCCACAUAAUUAUUUCCUUACACAGUUCAUCUGCUUGUUGCUGCUAUUUCUUGGUUGUGCUUGUUUCCCAAAUUUAAUAAAUACCUAAGGAUACUACUAUCAGCUCACAGUCUCCUUGAACUAGGAGAUAUUACGAUCUUUCCUUCUUCCUCAAAUUUAACCAACACCUUCUCAAGAUAAAUCGGAGCAGAACCAACCCAUUACCCUACUUGUCCAGAAAAUAAUUCAGAAGGAGAUCUGGUUGUUGCUAUUCUCUUCACAAAUUUUGAAAGAGAUCUUAGUUCCUGCUUUCACAAACUUAAUCUAAGGAUACAAGCACUAGCUCAUCCUCCACACUUUACCAGGGAGCGUAUAUGGAGUUCAUAGGGUCAAUUCUUGAAGUGGUAAAGUGCUUUGGGGGUCCAACAUGUACAUACAUAGACUAUCAUCGAAAACUUGAAGAACAGAUGAAUCAUCUUCGAGAAAAAGUGAAUGUUUUAAAUAUUCGAAAGGGAGACCUCGUAUUAAGAAAGGAUGAGGAGCUUCGUCACAGAAGAGUGGUGAGGGAAGAAGUGGAGUACUGGUUUAAAGCUGUAGAAAAGGUAAACACUGAAAUGCAAGAGAUUGAAAUGAAGUUUCGUGCUGUUUCAUACUUCUUACGUGGUCGUUUUGGAAAAUUUGUUUGUCGAAAGAUUGAAGAAGUGAAGGAAAUUCACCAACAAGGUAGUUUCCCUGACGGUGUGGCUGUUGAUGGGCCUCCAGCCACCGGGGUGAUGUUACCAACACCAAACCUAGAAGGUGAGAUCGAUGUAAAAGAGCAAAUUUGGGAGUAUUUGAUGGAUGAUGAGGUUGGAAUGAUUGGAGUAUGUGGAAUGGGUGGCAUAGGGAAAACUACCAUCAUGAAGCAUAUCAAUAAUCAAUUGUUGGAGGAAAGUGAUCGAUUUGAUAAAGUGAUAUGGGUCACCGUAUCAAAAGAAAUGAAUAUUUCCAAAUUACGAAGAGAUAUUGCACAUUCUUUGAAACUAUCUAAUCAACUUUCAGAAGAUGAAUUGAAAGCAGUGUUAAAAGAUACUUUGGAGGGAAAGAGUUAUGUGUUAAUCUUAGAUGAUGUUUGGAAACAGUUUCCUCUAUUGGAUGUGGGAAUCUUUGAAUCAACAUUAGGCAUGGGAAAGAAAGUAGUGUUCACUAGCAGGUCCAGUGAGGUCUGUAAAUCUAUGGGUUGCAAGGUGGUGGUCAAUGUGCAACCACUUUCAAAAUUGGAGUCCAUGAACUUAUUCUUAUAUCAUGUGGGGCAAAGCGUUGUACAAGAUCAAAAUUUAAAAGACAUUGUCAACAAAAUUGUUGAGCAAUGUGGUGGUUUACCACUUAGUAUUGUGACAAUAGCCGGAAGCAUGAAAGGGGUAGAAGAUAUUUGUGAGUGGAAGAAUGUACUAAUUGAAUUAGAAGAGAGGGUGGAAAGUGUGAAAGAAUUGGAUAUCAAAGUAUAUGAGCCUUUGAAGUUCAGUUAUGACCAUUUGAGAGAUCCAAAAAUCCAAAAUUGUUUCUUAUAUUGCUCCCUAUAUCCUGAAGAUUAUAUAAUUAGAAAAGUGGAAUUAAUUGAAAAUUGGAUAGAUGAGGGACUCCUUGAUGGCUUACAGACCAAAGAAGCAAUGCAUCAUAGAGGUUAUAGCAUUUUAAAUAAGCUUGAAAGUAAUUGCCUAUUAGAGAGGGCUACAUUUCUUAUUGAUGAUGAUGGAGUUAAGAUGCAUGAUGUUUUGAGGGACAUGGCGUUGUAUAUUGCAGGUCAUCAGUUCAUGGGAAAAGUAGGUAUGCAAUUGAAAGAAUUCCCAAGUGAGCAAGAAUGGACAGUGAGUGUUGAGAAAGUUUCCUUGAUGCGAAAUUCAAUAUUAGAAAUUCCUUCUCACAUAUCACCUAGAUGGCCUCAUUUAUCAACUUUGAUAUUGCAACAAUGUGGCUUACAAAAGAUUUCAGAAUCUUUUUUUAAGCACAUGCCUGGGUUAAAAGUUCUAAAUCUUUCAUAUAAUUAUUCCUUAAAGUAUCUGCCUAAUUCGAUCUCAAACUUGAAAACUCUCAAUGCAUUGGUACUCUUUUGUUGUGAUAAGUUAAAAUAUGUGCCUUCCUUAGUAGAGCUCACAGCACUAAGAAAGUUGAACCUUUUGCGCACAGCAAUUAAAGAGGUUCCUCAUGGCAUAGAGAUGUUAGAAAACUUGAGAGAUCUUCGUAUGAUGUCAUGGGCUUUAAAAGAGCUACCAGUAGGAAUAUUACGGAGGAUUUGUCAUCUCCAAUGCUUAAUGCUAGCGGAUACGUUUGUAAAGGGAGAAGAAGUAGGCCAAUUGAGGAAGCUCGAGUGGGUUUCAUGUUCAUUUCGCAACGUGCAAGAGUUUAAUAAAUACGCAGAGUGUACGCAAGGUAAAUGGCCUACAUCUUUCACUUUUCAAGUGGGGGGAUCACCUAUGCGAUGGUAUAUUGGUUUUGGGCAAUCCCCAAAUUUCAAAAAAAUUGAGAAAUGGGUUAUAUUCGCAGAUUCGGAGAUAGAGAGGUGUGAUGAUAGGGUGGUCCCACAUGACCUUCAAACUUUAACUAUUGAGAAGUACGAUGAUUUCAAAUGUUUAAACAACAUUCCUUUGUUUCGUAAGGCGACUGACUGGAAGGAAUGUCAAAUUGGGGAGUGUGAAGGGAUGGAGUGUGUGGUUGACUUGUCAUUAUCGUCUUGUGACGCACUUGACAACAUUGAGGAGUUACACCUAUUUUUGUUGCCAAACUUGCGUGAAGUUGUGAGAGUAGGAGUAGCGGUUGAAAUUGAAUCUACCUCUCAUGCUCCAACACCACCUGCCAUCUUCUCUUCUCUUAAAAAAUUCCAUAUGAGAAGUUGUUCGAGGGUGAAGAAGUUGUUUCCAGUUGAGCUGUUGAAGGGCCUCCAAAACUUAGAGACAAUUCAAGUUGAAGUUUGUGAAGAAAUGGAGGAAAUAAUAGCAUCAGAAGAAAAUCACAAAGGAGAAGGAACAACAUUUAUUCUUCCCAAAUUAAAAUCAUUAAAGUUACAGUUGUUACCAAAAUUGAAAAGCAUUUGCAGCGGGAGAGUUAUGAUUCCUGCAGAUUCUCUCCAAUAUCUUUAUAUAAUCAAAUGUCCAGAAGUAAAGAGGAUCCCUUUGUCUCUUCCCCUUGUUGAAAAUGGGAAACCAUCUCCUCCUUCUUCUCUACAAAAAAUCACAGCAUGGCCGAGAGAAUGGUGGGAAUCAGUGGAAUGGGAUCAGCCUGAUGCUAAGGAUGUCCUUUCUCCCUUUCUUCAAUAUUCUGGCUUAUAGAAUGAGAUGGAGAAGAGGUGUUUGAUUAAAUGUGGCUGUAAGGCUCCUGCUUCUUAUUAAGAACUGCAAACACUGCUUGGAGAUUAUGGGAGGAAGGAAGGCACCCUGUUGAACUUGGUGAUCAAUUCUUAGGACUAUCCUGCAACCUAUCAGAU